AUGCUCGCACGUUGGUCUCGGUUAUGGAUGAUCUUUUGUCUCCUGCUGGCGUUUCAACAUGUUAGUGGAGAGGCUUUCGAGAUAGCCCCAAGAGCGGGCGACGACGAUGCGCAAAAGACAACAGCCGUUGAGUCCGGCUCAACCUCGACACAGGCACACAACAGUAUCACAAAAACUACCGAGGCUUUGGGAAAAAAGACAGAAUCUUCUGAGCCCACGAAUUCACAGUCAGAGAGUGAAGCCAUCUCUGUAACCGCUACCGAGUUGGAGAAGUCGGAAAGUUCAGAUCCUACAUCGACAAGCACAGGUGGUCCAUUCGAAAGUGGACUUGAUGAAUCUUCCUACUACAAUGCCACAAUACCUGCCGGCCAACUUCCUAUCGAGCCAAAGCUCACACCAGGCUGGGGUGUCGCAGGAACCAUCAUGCUUCUUACUGGUGCCGGGUACACUCUCAUUGGAAUCAAGAAUCGAAUGAUCCAUACCUUCUUCUCGACUGCUUUCGCCGCAGCUCUAUGCGUUGCUGUACUGAUCGUCUAUGUCAUGAAGUCUGAAGUCAGCGACGCUUUGCAAGGAGGUUACGUCGUUGCUGCCGUGAUCUCUGGGUGUAUCCUCGGUGGAGCUUCUAUGUUUUUCAGGGAGAUAACAGAGGGUUUAGGCUGUGCUUUGGGUGGCUUCUGCGUAAGUAUGUGGCUUCUCUGCUUAGUUCCUGGAGGGCUGCUUGGUCCCGUCGUGGCCAAAGCUAUUUUUAUUGCUUGCUUUACUGUGGGUGGUUUUGCCUUUUACUUCAGCCAUUACACCAGAGAUUGGGCACUCAUCCUCAUGAUUUCCUUCUCCGGUGCUACAGUUACAGUACUUGGAAUCGAUUGCUUUAGUCGAGCUGGGCUGAAGGAAUUCUGGGCCUAUGUCUGGGAGCUCAACGAUGAUUUGUUUCCACUCGGGGCCGACACUUAUCCAGUCACGAAAGGCAUCCGAGUUGAAACUGCAGCAAUCGUCAUUAUCUGCCUAUUCGGCAUCAUCUCCCAGAUCAAGCUAUGGAAGCUCGUUCGCGAAAAGCGUGAAAAGAAGGCAGAAGCGGCUGCUGAAGGGGAGCGCAAUCUUCGUGAGGAAGAAGAACAAGUUGGCAGGAAUAUCGAAGAGGCGAAUGCGCGCGAGAGGCGACAGUGGGAGCGCAUUUAUGGCAAUGGAGAUGCAGGAACCUCGACAGCCUCUCGCACUUCGAACGAUGGCGGAACUCCCAACGAGAAGCACAAUCGACUCAGCCAGACCGACUCUUCGAAAGGACAAUCCGCCUCAGUUGUUGAGGUUAUUGAGAUGACAGACAUCCCCGACCCUGAGCAACCCAAGGAACAGCCUACCACCACCGUAAACUUGAUGUCUUCCGAGCACGACGAGGACGGCAGAGUAACGGUUCGCGUGGCGUCAAAUGAUAUCGCUCCAACAACUACCGAGAUCGUAAACGACACUAUUGGUAAUGAUGGACAAAAACGUCCUACCGUAGACAAUCAGACCGACAGACGCGUUUCUACUCAACUAUCCAUUGCCAGAUCGACAGCACCUCCUGUUGUUCCUCUUCCAUUCACUAUUCCCGUUGCCAACGACGAUCAUGAUGCCCUUACUCACGAGGAUCGCUCAUCCGUGGCCACCUUUGCUGAUGAACAAGAUACCGAACCUCAGACACCUAACAACCGCCGACACUCACUUGCGAAAAGAUUAUCUCGCCUCUCGCGUGGAUCGAUGGAAUUGCUUGGAAAUAUUUCCCACCGAUCGAGCCGUGUUCUUGGAGAGUCUCAGGAACACGAACAUGGUGAAAGUACCGACGAGUUGGUCAUCCCACGGUCGCGAUCGCACGAUGACGAUGGCUCAGUUGCAGCGACAGUGGACGAUGAGAGCGUCAGUGGUGAUGAUCGCAACUCUCGUAGCACUCAAGAAUUGCGAAAGGGUAUCGAAAUCAACGCUGAACUCUCAGGAAAGGGUGGAAAGGAUAAGCCAAGCACACAUGAAGCGGACCAGGAUUCUCCCGUGGCUGUUGGUACGAGCGAUACAACUAAGCCAGAUGAACCGAAGAGAGAGGAAGAUGCUGCAACAGGUGUUGACAAGAGCAAGUCUGUGACAUCUAGCUCUUCAGCCCGCGUGAGCCUGACCAAGGAUCGACUCCCUAGAUCACUUUCCAAGGUAGCAUUGUCUUACCGAACAAAUGAAUGGGCCAAGCAUUUGAGCAACGCAGAAGCUCCCGAGGUCGACGAGAUCCAAGUUACUGCACCCAGGAGUUCAGCAGUGCCAACGAUUGAAACACCGGCUCCCGUACACAUGGAAGAGCUACGCAAGGCCUCCAGUGAAGGAACACCAGCACCAGCAAUCACGCGGUCGGACUCGCAAACCUCUCAUCUCUCUCAUGCGGCACCUCGCCGUGGCUCAAAGCAACAUGUUCCAGCUGCACUGGCUCUUCUCACAGGCGAGAACCAGCAUCGUAGCCCUGGCUCAACUCCAACUAGCGGUGCCAUGCCACGCUCAUCUAGCGGAGCCUUGAGAAUAGCUUCUGGAGCAAUCGCUCCUAUUGCAGAAGAACAGGUUGCUUCAAACCCGACACCACCUGCCCCAACAGGAGAGUCAAUAGGGCAACAAAAUCUGAGCGUCCCAGGUGUCACAGAAGGCCAGCGGUCAUCGACCCCAGGUGUUGUAUCGUACUCGAGUCCCCAGACUCUUCUCGGUCAACGGGAGAUGUACCUCCGCAACAAGUCGGCAGGAAAUUUGUUGGCCAGCUCGUCAGAAGUCAACCUCCCUGCUCGAUAUAGAACCUCGAGCGAUGCUGGAUCACUCAACAACUAUCCGAUGUACGCCGCUGCUGUCGGAAUGGAUGCCGACGACCUGCCCUUGAACAAAAGAAAGGAACUCAUGCGACAGAGCAGCCUGAGUCCAUCAAACUCGACACCAUCACUUCAACGUCUCAGUGGUGGUAGCAAUACCAACAACUUCAACGCUUCAGAUGCGUAUUUGAACUCUCACCAACCCCAGCGCGUAUCGACACUCCCCAAUUCUGCGGCUCGAGAGACGGCACUUGCCAACUUCCGACAGUCGGUCCAACAUGAGCUACGCGCCGGCACACCUGUUAUCAGUACCUCUGGUCGCGAGACCCCGUUCACCCCGCAAUCCCUCUUGGCCAGCCGGGAGGUAGAGGUCCAGCGUAACGUCGACAUGAGCCGAAACAUUCUUUUGAGUCAGAAGCAGGCCGAAGCUCAGCGCCGUGAGACACAGCAACGAGAGAAAGAAUGGGCCGAUAAGGCUUUUGACGAGCGCAUGCGAAAUGGAGACCUUCUCGAUGUACAUCGUGAAGCUAUGCGCAAACUUCAAAGACACGCUAAGGACAUGUAA